AUGGCGGAGAUUGUGAUCCUUCUAGCCAUUAAAAAGAUUGGAAUUGCCUUGGCAAAAGGAGCGGCAGACCAGGCCAGAGUGCAGUUUGCGAAGUAUGGGGCACAACUACUGGAGCUACAGGGUAGCAUGGGUCGUGUUCCCAGGGAGCUUAGGGUAAUGCAUGAUGUUCUUUGUCAAAUGGACAUUCGAAACCGCAGCAAUCAAGUAUAUGAGGGUUGGUUAGAGGAGGUACGCAAAGUAGCACAUGUGAUGGAGGACAUGGUGGAUGAGUACUUGUAUCUAGUUGGUCGAGAACAUGAUAUAGGUUGUUGUUUCUUCCUGAAGAAAGGGUUCAAAAAGCCAAGAUCACUGCUUUGUUUGAAUCAGAUAGCUCUCAGCGUGAAGGAACUGGAGAAAGACCUUUCACACCUGUCAAAGACAAAAAACCGUUGGGUUCCCAUGAUAAACAACGGGGAUUCUAGCAACCUCAGUUACAUUGUCAAGAGAUCCCAAGAGCUAGCAAACAUUUCACGCUUAAUUGAUGAAGAAGAUCUAGUGGGGGUGGAUAAAAACAGAGAAAAACUCGAGCAAUGGUGGGGGGGUGAUGAUCAGAAAUGCUCUGUGAUAGCUCUGCUCGGAAUGGGAGGUCUUGGUAAAACUGCUUUAGCUGCAAAUGUCUACAAGAGGGAGAGGGAGAAAUUCCAGUGCUAUGCCUGGGUCUCCAUCUCUCAAACUUAUUCUAGAGAAGAUGUCUUGAGAAAUAUGAUCAAAGAACUCUUUAAAGACAAUGCUAGUGCUCUAUGUAGCACUCUGUCCAUGGACAUCAUGAGCCUUGAAGAGACACUAAAGAAAUAUCUGGAGCAAAGAAAGUACUUGAUCAUAUUGGAUGAUGUUUGGGAUCCGGAAGCAUUUCAUGAUUUGUCAAGGAUGCUUACUCAUAAUGAUAAGGGCAGUAGAGUGAUACUUACAACAAGGGAAGCCAGCAUUGCCGCACUUGCCUCUCAAGGACAUAGCUUAACAUUGAAAGCUUUACCAGAAGACAAGGCAUGGGAUCUCUUUUGUAAGAAAGCCUUUCCAAGAGAUACAAAUCAUGAAUGUCCUACAGAUUUGAAGCCAUCAUCCAAGGAAAUAGUUAGCAAGUGCAAAGGCUUGCCUCUUGCUGUUGUGUCAGUUGGUAGCCUCUUGAGUGCGCGUGAGAAAGCCGUGGAAGAAUGGAGAAGAAUAAAUGAUCAACUAAGCUGGGAGAUAAUUAACAAUUCAAGUCUGGACCACAUAAGGAAUGUUUUGCAUCUGAGCUUCAUCUACCUCCCAACAUACUUAAAAAGUUGUUUCCUGUACUGCAGCUUAUUUCCGGAAGACUAUCUUUUCAAAAGGAAACAACUUGUACGGUUAUUCAUCGCUGAGGGGUUCAUCAAGGAGAGGGGUGAAAGCACACUAGAAGAAGUGGCAGAAGGCUAUCUAAAAGAGUUGGUUGACAGAAACAUGCUACAACUUGUUGAGAGGAACUCGUUUGGUAGGGUGAAGAAAUUCAGAAUGCACGAUCUCGUACGUGAACUGGCAGUUGAUUUGUGCAAGAAGAACUGUUUUGGUGCUAGUUAUGAGGAUCAGUGUGGGGGGUCUCUUGAGAUGGAUGGACGUCGGUUGGUGCUUCACAAAGUAAAGAAGGAUAUUCAACAGCCAUUUUCCAAUAUGCACCAACUUCGUACUGUCAUUACACUGGGCGAUAGCAAGUCAUCAUGCACCUUACUACCUCUGCUUUGCACGGAGUCAAGAUAUUUGACAGUGCUAGAAUUAAGUGGUCUACCCUUGGAGAAGAUUCCAGAUGCUAUUGGGGAUCUUUUUAAUCUCCGCCAUUUGGGUUUGCGGGGUUCAAAGGUGAAGAUGCUCCCGAAGACUAUUGAGAACCUUUCAAAUUUGUUGACACUCGACCUUUAUGAAUCUGAUAUACAUAAGCUGCCUAGUGGGAUUGUGAAACUGAAGAAGCUUAGGCACUUGUUUGCUGAGAGAGUAAUUGAUGCAGAAGGAGAUUUUGAAUGUCGGAGUGGUGUGUGUAUCCCCAUUGGUCUUGGAAAUCUGACAAACCUACAGACGCUACAGGCAUUGGAAGUACAAGAUGAGUGUCUUAGGCAUUUAGGGGAGCUGAGGCAAAUGAGAAGCUUGAGGUUAUGGAAUGUGAAGGGAAUGUACUGUGGACGCAUCAGUGAGUCUCUAGUUCGGAUGCCGUAUCUGUCCAACCUAGAUGUGAAUGCUAGUGACGAGGACGAGGUUCUCUUGUUGAAUGUCUGCCUGCCAAGCCUGCAAAAGCUAAGUCUGAGAGGACGACUAGCGGAAGGGGCGUUGGACGAGUCUCCUCUCUUCCAAGCUGAUGGGGGCCAGAACUUGUAUGUAUUUUAUCUAUCUUGGUCACAGCUGAGAGAAGACCCCCUACCAUCCCUUUCUCGGCUGGCAAACAUGACGUGUCUACACUUCACCAGAGCAUACAACGGAGAGCAGCUGUCAUUUCUCGUGGGAUGGUUUCCCAAGCUAAAGGUUCUCUCUCUAAGAGACCUGCCUAAUCUGAGUCGUCUAGAGGUACAGCAAGGUGCCAUGGCGAGCCUGGAGGAACUAUUCUUGGCCAACCUCAGCAGCAUGACGGAGGUCCCAGCUGGCAUUGAGUUCCUCCUUCCCCUCCAGCAUCUAUCCUUCUUGGAAAUCACCAAUGACUUCUUGACGAUGCUGUACCAAUGUUCUGUACUUGAAGAGCAGAUGUGGCACUAUUCUCUCCGAGACUGA